ACUGGGGAAGAGUCACCCUUCUCGGCGCCUCUAGGGGCUUAGGGUGAAAAUAUGGCGCCCCACUUCCCCAGGCUGCUGCAGCCCCACACGGGCCAGAGCACAGAGCACAGAAGCCCCUGAGCCUGCUGCCGGCUGCCUUCCAGGCUGCCUUGGCCAGCUGCAGAGCACCCAUCGCAGGCCAGCAACACCGGUCCAGGAUCAGAUUAGAGGAAUCCAAGGUUUUAGUUUCCAAACAGAAAGCAGGUUUCUUUGAUGAGAAUCUCCUGCAUGAAGGGCCCUUGACUGAGCUGACCUGUCCACGGGACCCCAGCAGACGUUGAUCGUUGGCUUAUGCAGACGGAUACCAAGGAGAAACUAGACCCUGGCAGUCAUGAGGGGUCAUCUGUAAUCCUCCCAGCCGCAGUUUUAGGGACACCAACAGAGGGAGUGGGCGAGACUGCAAAUAAGAUGCCUGUGGUCCCCAGGGGAGCAGACACGUGCUGCUAAGAGCUUGAGGUGCCUUUGAGACCUGCUUCGCCACACUACUGGUGGAUCGUGUAGACGGGCAUACAUCACUAAAGUUUGAGACCCCAUCCGGGCUGCUUCACUGCACUCCUGCGCUACUGACUGUUGCUGCCUGAAAUUCCACGCCCAGCGCCACACUCGGCAUGGGGCUCUCUUGGAAGGAGAAAGUCCGCACCGCCCUGCUGGUGGCUGCAGCCGCCAUGGGCCUCACUGCCCUCAUCCUUGUCCUGGUGGAGGCCACCAGCAUCCUCCUGCCUGCAGAAACCAAGUUCGGGAUCGUGUUUGAUGCUGGCUCCUCCCACACGUCCCUCUUCCUGUACAAGUGGCCAGCGGACAAGGAGAAUGAUACGGGUGUGGUCAGCCAGGCACUGGCCUGCCAGGUGAAAGGGCCCGGGAUCUCCUCAUAUGUGGAUGACCCCUCCCUGGCCGGUGAGAGCCUGCGGGGCUGCCUGGAGGAGGCGCUGGCGAUCAUCCCCGAGAGCCAGCGCCGGGAGACGCCCACCUUCCUGGGGGCCACGGCGGGCAUGCGGCUGCUGCGCUGGAAGAACAGCUCACAGGCAGAAGGUGUCCUGGCCGGAGUCUCCCGGGUGCUCGGCCAGGCCCCGGUGGACUACCGGGGCGCCACCAUCCUGGCAGGCCUGGACGAAGGCGUCUUUAGCUGGGUCACCAUCAACUACGUGCUGGGGAUGCUGCUGACGUAUUCCUUCUCUGGCCAGUGGGUUCGGCCCCCCGAGGCGACGCUGGUGGGCGCCCUGGACAUGGGCGGGGCGUCCACGCAGAUCUCCUUCGUGCCUGGAGGCCCCAUCACGGACCCAAACACGCAGGCCUCCCCGCACCUCUACGGCUAUACCCACCGCGUCUACUCGCACAGCUACCUGUGUUUCGGCCGUGACCAGAUGCUGAGCCGCCUGCUGGCCCGGCUGGUGCAGGAUAGCCCGUCCGGCCCGGUCCGCCAUCCCUGCUACCACAGCGGCUACCUCGCCACGCGGGCCCUGGCGCCCUUGUUCGAGUCUCCGUGCGUGGAGGGCACUCCGCCCCCGGGUGCGCCACAGAACCUCACGGUGGAGGGCGCGGGCAACCCCGGGACGUGCGCCCAGGUCAUCAGCAGCCUCUUCAACUUCUCCAGCUGCCAGGGCCUCAAGGACUGUGCCUUUAACGGGGUCUACCAGCCCCCGGUGCAGGGCCGCUUCUAUGCUUUCUCCAACUUCUACUACACCUUGCACUUCCUGAACCUUACCUCGGGGCAGCCGCUGACCGAGGUCAACAGCACCAUCUGGGAGUUCUGCCUGCGGCCCUGGAAGCUGGUGGUGGCCAGCUACCCAGAGCACUCACCGUGGCUGCGUGACUACUGUGCUUCAAGCCUGUACAUCCUCACCCUGCUGACUGAGGGCUACGGUUUCUCGGAGGGGACCUGGGCCAGCAUCGAGUUCCGCAGACAGGCUAGCGGGACCGACAUCGGCUGGACGCUGGGCUACAUGCUGAACCUGACCAACAUGAUCCCUGCAGAGGCGCCGGUCCUGAAGCAGGCCCAGAGCUACAGCGUCUGGGUGGCCAGCGCUGUCUUUGUGGCGUUGACCCUUGGUGCCGUUCUUGGGGUUGUGGCUGUGGGGCUCCUCAGGCCCCGGGAGUAGGACCUGGGGAAGCACCCAAGACUGCAGGUGGAGCCAGGGUCCCUGCCAAGCCCCUGCUUCCAACCCUCCCCUCGUGUCCUUGUUCAGUGCGCUCUGCCUUGGAAGUCAGCUGGCAGUGGGCAGGCUCUCAGCCCUGAGUCUGCUCCCAAACAACCUGGACACUCUCCGCCUGGCGCCCGACUCUGCAGUUCCCCAGGACCUAGGAUGCUGCUGCCAGCCUGUACUGGGCAUGGCUGAGCAGACUGGGUGCAGGGACCAGCCACAACCCUGGGAGCACCCACUACGUGUCCUUGCCCCAUGAGCAACCACGCAUGUCCCAGCCCCUUCCUGUGCAUGUCCCAGGCACCACUGUGUGGCCACAGCAGUGACCAGGACUCGGAAAGGCUAGGACCUCGGGCGGGGACACGAACUGCACAGAUCAAUAAACCCAGCCUUGGUGUGUGAA